UGUACUCCGAGAGAGGAGGAGGAGGACAGCGUCCGGAAACCAGUUGACGCCCUCGGUGAGCCACAUCCCAACCCACGGUUGACUACCCCAACACCGCCACCUCCCUCCCCUCUCCCUCCCCCUCCCUCCCCCUCCAUACACACCGGCUCGCAACCACCCACCCAGCCAGUCACCUCAAGUGCGACCGGGCCGGCAGGAGCGGAGGCAAACAAACAGAGCCGGAGCAGCCAGGGCGAUCCUGCCGCGGGGGGUUGGCUCAGCAAAGUAGACACACGGAGCAGAAGAGGAGAAUGGGACGCCGGUGCUUGGAUCAGGACUGAGUCUGGUCGGCACAUUGAGAGCUCCUUCGACCCGUUUCCAAGUCCUUUUCUCCCCGGAUCAGAGUCACGUCUUCACCGCUGACACAAUGGGCUGCUGCAGCGGACGAUGCACUCUUAUCUUUAUUUGCACUUUACAGUUGGUGUUGGCAUUAGAAAGACAGGUCUUUGACUUCCUGGGUUACCAGUGGGCCCCAAUCCUUGCCAACUUUUUCCACAUCAUCAUGGUCAUCCUCGGCCUUUUUGGCACCAUCCAGUACCGGCCGCGCUACAUUGUGGUGUACACAGUAUGGGUCGCUCUGUGGGUGGCCUGGAACGUCUUCAUCAUCUGUUACUACCUGGACGUAGGCGGCCUGUCCAAGGACAGUGACCUGCUGACAUUUAACAUCUCCGCCCAUCACUCUUGGUGGAGCGAACACGGGCCGGGCUGUGUGAGGAGAGAGAUGCCGGAGGCUCCAGGAGUCCGCACAACAGAGAGCCACUCCUACAUCACUGUCAUGGGCUGCCUCAUGGACUACCAGUAUAUUGAGGUUGUGCACAGCGGCACACAGAUUCUCGUUGCUCUCCUGGGCUUCGUGUAUGCCUGUUAUGUUGUCAGUGCUAUCACUGAGGAGGAGGACAGCUUUGAUUUUAUUGGUGGAUUUGACCCAUUCCCACUCUACCAUGUCAAUGAGAAACCAUCUCAUCUCCUCUUAAAGCCCAUGUACCUGUCUACGUAAAUAAGAGAGCGUCCAGCGGGGAGGUGGCACAGCAAAUUCCCACGGAGACAAAAUGGCUGUUGUGACACAAACAUCCAGUUCAAUGGGGCACGCCAGACAUUCCUCCCCUUCUCGAUUUCAGUACUUUAAACAUGUCAUUUACUGGUGUACUGCCCAGAAAAGCCAACACUCCGUUAGGGUCCAUUGUUUUCCAGGGAGGGAUGACGGGUUCUGGGAAAAGGGGGGAUUACAGUGCAACAAAGCCUCAUAUUGUGUGUUUAGGGAAGUAUCAGUCAUUUUCUUUGUAUUGAGUUCUCCGCUGAGGUCCUGUGACCUGCCCAUUCUUGUUUAAUACUCCCCAAGACUGUAUAGAAUACAGUAUAUAAAUACAUUGUGUAUGUAAUCAGGGACUGCCCAGCAUUCCCAGUCUGUGGUACUGUGUCUUAGAGGACUCAGUGAUUUAGCAUGUUAUUGCUGGUUUGGCUCAAAUCUUGGCCGGAGGGCUGAAUUACAGUGGAGCCCAUGGAAUGAGCUAUUGUGCGCUCAUUGCCUGUUUACUUUAGGCCAGGAUCUGUGUGCAUAAAUACACAAGCAAACCAGGAAGAGGCAGGGGAGUUGAGAGGUAGAGGGAGGGGAUGAAACAAAAGCACCAAACCUACAGGGGCAUCUGUCAAAAAUAGAAAAUGUAAAUAAUGAAACAAGAGGGGGGAAGAAUUUUUAGAUUUAGAGUUUGUAAUGCGAACUAUCAAGAAUGGAAAAGAGCGUUGAGCGUAAGAGGUGUUAAAAAACAAGGAACGGCAAGUCUUACUUUUAUUUCUGGAGUCUUUAUUGUUAUCACUAUUUUCAACAACAGCCAAGUAAGUAUUUCUGAAGUGUCAGGUGUUAGAAGACUGGCUGAAAGCUUUGUUUACCCAUCAGUUCUUCUCCUGUAACUACUGACACGUCGGGCUGCUGACAUGGGUGAUCAUUACACACGCUCAAGUGAAGGUUACACAGCAUAUUUUUAACUUCGAGAAAACAAUAGAAUGUUUCCCUAUUCACAUUGCAUUCAACAACAAUGAGUUGUAUGGCUAUGGUCUUCAGUGUAGAAGUAGCGGCCUGUACCAGAGUGAAGCACAGCAUUGUCUCCUGUCACUUCACCAGUGUAGAUUCUCAGUGGUGAUUGUCUCAGUUGUGAUUGUUUUAUAGCAUGUUUUUUUACAGGGUUUGUAUUGUAAUUAUGUGUAUAACAUAAAGAAAUUACAAAAUAGGAAAACUGAUGUCUUCUGGCUGUAUAUGAGCUGGUUAAACAGCAACUGAAAGCUUUUGCAGAGUCGUUUCUUACUCAGAUUUAUUUUUUAUCUGACCGAGCAACAUCACACAUUUUUAUUUAGGCAAAUACACACACGUGCAGUGACGGACUGGGAUCAAAAAACAGCCCUGGCAUUUGCAACACACUGGCCCUAUUUUUGUCAACAACCUAGCUUGGAAAUUAGUAACUCUGCCUUCCAAGUUAAUCUUUCUACGCAUGCAUAAAAUAACUUUAUCAGUAGUGGCCCAUAGGGGUCAAUAGGGGUGCGGCCCUUCUGGCAUUUGCCCAAAUUCCAGAUGGCCAGUCCGUCACUGCACACGUGGGUCAUGUCUCCUAUACUGAUUGCUAGCACCUAAUGUUAAAAGUACUAAAGUCAGAGCCCCUGUUGCCCUACUGGUUGUGUGAAUCACUACUGCUCUCUGGUGUUUAAAGUGUUCAUGUACAAGUUGCAAGGCUACUGAGUUUCUGCUACAGGGUCCAUAAAUCUCCAUGUUUGUCUUAAAUCUAUUUUUUGCCGUAAAUCUUAAAAUAUUAUGUUUUAGCUUGGUAAUUGUCAUGUAGGAGGAGUAGGCACUUUGCCCAGCUUGUUUCAGUGUUACACUCGGUCAGUGUUUGAGUUACACUGUGGCUUUCAGGGGAGCCCUAUUUUCAGGGGUUGGAGGGCUACACACAUGCAAAAAUACACUAUCAAUACAUUUCCAUUCAUUCAGAGAAUAUUUAGCCUGGGACAACAAAGAAACAGAAAAAAUAGUGCAAUGUUGUUGUUGUUUUUUUAUCCGGCAAGCAACAAUAAAAAUGCCAACGCACAGUGGACAGACAAUGGUUUGUUAAACAGACCAGACAAAAGUUGCAUCCCAUGACAAUUAUGAACAUGUCCACAGCCUCAAAUGUUGGUCUUACGGAAAACAUAUUCCCAAGAAAAAAGUAAAUUCCCAACACACACUUUUCACCUCUGCAUGAUUUAUUUAAGAAAAGUCAACGUUUCAGCAACAUAACUUUUCCUGUUAUUUAUUUCAGGAACCCUAAGAUAUAGGGCAGGGGGAGCUCAUGUCAUUUUCAGGGGAGCCAAGCUCCCUGUAGCUCCGCCUUAUUUCAAACCCUGCACUCCGUCCUUUUCUUUAUAAUUUAGGUCAAGAUCAGUUUUUGCACACUACAUUUCAAUCCAACACAUUUUCAGUAUGCUAUUUGUCUGACUACUAUGUUUCUUGUGCUAAGUUUGAAACUGUCUGCUUAGCUAUUUUUGGGGAAUCAAAAGAGUUGUGAACAAAGGAGUUCAUUCUGUUGUUUUCAGUCAUUUUGUCUGCGCCUAAGAAUAUCCUGCUGCGUGUCAGAUUCCUUUGUGAUAUUAGAAGUUCUUCACUGCCAGAUAGACAGUCCACAAACUGUUAUGAUUCUGAAAAUCAUAUGACCACUUCUGCCAGCUAAUUUUGAUUUGAUUGGUCACCUCUUUAUUUCCAAGAUGCAAUAAUUUGUCUUUAUGAUUUAAAGUUUACACACCCCUGGAAUGGCUAACUGGUGUGUAAAAACACAAAGCACCUCAUAUUGUAACAUAAUCAGUAUUGGUAGUAAAUGCUACUAUGUAAAAACUAGUCUUCCUCUCAGUGCAAUACAGCCUUUUCCUAAACCCCCAGUGACUGGAAUUAGUUGAAACCUGUUACUAGUGUGAGUAUAUGUGCUAGUCUCCACUGAAAAAGAUUCCACGUGUUUGUAGAUAAUUCUUUUUCUUUGUAUAGAAAGUGUAAAAGGUCUUUUUUUUUUUUUUGUAUCUCUCUUCUAUUUUGUGUCCUGUGUUGCCUCAACCCCUGUGACCUGAUUGUGUAAACCUAUUUAUCCAGACAUGUGCUUUGUGUUCAUGUAAAUAGGUGUUUGUUAAUAAAAGAACAUGCUCUUGUAAUGAUA